CAGCUUUUUUUAAAAGACGCAUCUCAGAGUAAGUUUUGAAUUACGACUCUGAGCGCUCCGCUCUCAUUUCAGCAACUGCCCUCUCAUAAUCUGUUGAUUCAGGUCUGUAUUUCGAUCAACUGAUCUUCCCAGAAGUGAUCUAUCCUCUGCUCCCUGGCUGGAUAGGAUAUAGCCUCAUUUCACAUGUGGGGGAUUUUUAAUAUGACGCGCCGGAUGUUUUACUAGAAACCUUGACGGGAGACGCGCAGAUCGGGGGGAUGAAGGAUCGGCUGGCUGAACUCUCUGCCAGCAAUACCCAAGCGGAGGAGGAUGUUACAGUGCACUGCAUUGAUGGCUUCAUGGAGGACUUUUUCAGGAGGGUAGAAGAAGUUAGAGGACUCGUUGAUAAGAUCUCCUCCCAAGUAGAAGAGGUGAGGAAGAUUCACAGCAUGAUCCUGUCUGCACCCAACCCAGAUGACAGAACAAAGGAUCAGCUGGGUACAUUGACUAAUGACAUCAAAGGGAAUGCCAACGUUGUUCGAACUAAACUAAAAUCCAUGGAGCAGAGUAUGCCAAAAGAUGAUGUUGCUAACAGAACAUCUGUUGACUUCAGAAUCCAGAAAACACAGCACACUGUGCUAUCUAGGAAGUUUGUGGAGGUCAUGACCCAGUACAAUGAGACCCAAGUGUUCUUUCGGGAGAGAAGCAAAGGAAGGAUCCAGAGACAACUGGAGAUAACUGGAAGAGUCACCACCAGUGAAGAACUAGAGGACAUGUUGGAAAGUGGAAAUCCGUCAAUCUUCACAUCAGAUAUCAUUUCUGAUUCCCAGAUCACACGGCAGGCCUUAAAUGAGAUAGAGUCACGUCACCAGGACAUCAUUCGUUUGGAAUCGAGCAUCAGAGAGCUUCAUGCAAUGUUCAUGGACAUGGCAAUGCUGGUGGAAACCCAGGGUGAAAUGGUGAACAACAUUGAGAAUAAUGUUUCUAAUGCAGCAGAGUAUAUUUUUCGGGCAAAAGAGGAGACCAAAAAAGCUGUAAGAUACCAGAAGAAAUCCCAGAGGAAAUACAUCAUCCUUGCCUUUGCUCUGUUGAUCCUGCUUGCUGUCAUUGCACUAAUUGUUGGGCUGUCUGUCGGACUAACCAAACCUCCUGCAUGAAACCAGCUGUGCCUAUAGUGUGAGGUAACGACUCUUAGCCUUAAACUUCUAUUUGAUGACAGGAAUAUUCAUCGCUCCACUCAUUUAUUGUAACUCAAGUCACUCAUUUGUCUGUUAAAUAUUUCUCUGGUGUUGUAAGUAGCUGUUUCUCGGGUGCAGCUACUCUGACUCCUCAUUUGUCCUGUUUUUUUUCUUCUACAGAAACAUCUCUACAUUGCCUUGAGUGGAGGUUUCUUACUUUUAAUCAUCAUCUUAGUUGGUGUCUUUGAGUGAUAGAGUUCAUACUUCUGAAACAGUAAUCAUUGAGGAAGCUUUGAGCAGCUUCACAAUAAGACUCACAAUGUUCAACACCAUUAAAGAAAAUGAAAAACAAAACUUUACUAUAGUCAGGUAUAAUAUAUGUAAUGCACUUGUUAAUAGUAACCAGAUUAAGAAUCUAUUCUGGAACAAUAUUUAUGUCUAACUAACAGCACAGCAAAUGUUUAUUUACUGUUAUUGGUUCUCUAAUACUGCCAUUAUUUAUUACUUCCUUGUGCUGAUAACUUUAAAAGAAUAGUUUGAUAUUUUAGGGAAUUAUUUGCAUUCUUGUUGAGAGUUAGAUGAAAAACCUGAUUGCACUCCAGCAUCAUUAUCCGCGGAGAUGUUAAUCAGUUUACCAACACAAUGCUACUGUUAAACUAUUACUAUUAUAGUUAAAUGAGGCAACCGCUCUUCUUACACUGUGAUGGGGUUGUAUAAAGUUUCAACUAUUCAUAUUCUUGUUUACAAAGUUAAAUUCAUCUGAACUGAUGAAUGAAGAAACUACUACAACUCAGGAAUUAUUUUGAAAUGAAAACAAAGGGGGGGAAAAUCCCUGUAAUUUUUUUAUUCUUGAGCUAAUUGUGUCUUAGAAUAAAUAUUUUCAUCUUGAUCAAAUGAAAUCUUGCAAUGCUACAGCAGUGCCUUCCUUAUAUAUUACUGAAAAACCUUAACCUGAUGUGUUUUGCUUGUUUUUACCACCAAGUGUGAUGACUGAAAUGUUUUUUGUGAAAGAAGUCAUGCAGUAAUAUUGUACUCUUGGUUGAUUACUUUGACAGCACAUAUUCAUUUUUUCAUAUGCUGUGUUUUAUACUGGAGCAAAAUACUUUAUUAAUCUGAUUAAAAUAU